ACACACUCUCUCACUUGUCAAUCAAUCAUCUUCUCUUGUUCAAUCUCUCAACAAAUCAUCAACAAAUCAUCAACAAUGUCGGAGAACUUCAAAAACCAAGACCUCAACGAGAUCGCGCAGCAAGCCGAGCGCGACCUCAACUCCAACGCCGCCAAAACAGGCCACAGCGCCGAGAGCGGAAAAGGCAACACCACCGGCCAAGGCGGACAGGGCAGCGGAGUCUCAGGCCCAGCGGGCGGACAGAGUUCCGGGGCGAGUGAUAGCACGCUUGAAUCCGGCGUAGACGACUCGGUCGAGCAGAAAUUCCCCGGUUCAGAAGUCGUGUAUGGCUCCGCUGCUUCGGGGCAGGGAGACAACAGGGAUAUCCCGGAGAGUGAAGGCGGGGGCGUGAAUCCCGCUACGGGACAAACUUACAAGGCGCGCGACUUCGAUGGGCCUGGUGGGCCGGAGGACAAGGCUGCCAUUGAGGCGGAGGUCAAUCCUGGGAGUGAUGAUGUGCAGGGCAACACUCGCGAGCGAUAGGCGGCAAGAUUCGGACGAAGCAGAGGAGAUUUGCAUACGGUAAUCAUCAAUGAGAAGAUCAGUGUCUGAGCCGAAAGAGAACAUUC